AUGGAGCCUGGCAAGCGAUUUCACCCUCACACGCCCAAGGAGUGGGAAGAAAAGAUUCGGCCUGCGUUUACAGACCUCUACCAUGUCCAAGGCAAAAAACUGUCCGAUGUUGUAGACAUCAUGAAGAGUCGAGGUUUUCGUGCUGAACAAUGCCAUUACAAGACGUACGUAAAGAAAUGGGGUCUAGACAAGAAGAAUAAGGCAAACCAAUGCCUGCGCUCCUUCGUUAGACUGACAGGGCUAACUCCUCGGGCUCAGGAAAUCGAUAUGGUGUUUGCUUUUCAAAAGCUCCAGAGUAAACACGGGAAGGACACUGUAUUCAAGAUCCGAGGACGCGACCGCAGCCAUCGUGCUGUUGAAAAGUACUGGAAGCGCAGGGGUGUCAACCCAGCACAACUUGCCGACAUCCCCAAGACUCCUCCCUGUGUAGCAUACCGUACACCAAGCCCGUGCCCAGGAAAGGAUGGCCUCGCUGACGUCGCUCGGGAACAUGCCACUUUAGACAACGAUUGGACCAUGGCUCCUGUUUCCUCACCCAGCAGUCCACCCAGUCCUAUUGCCUCCCUAAGAGCGCGAGAUUUCUCAACCGAAGGUCCUUGGGUCGAAUUGACCUCCGCAUGCCAAUCAUUCGGCUUACGCUCCCUUCGCUCUCCAGAACUCUCUGGAUCUCAUGAGCAGAUCUUGUUUUACGCCAAGAGAUGUUUUGAAAGGAGCGUUGAACAUGUUAAUUGCAAAAAAGAAGCCCAGUCUUUGGGGAUCAACGCGAAGGCCCUCCCUCUGUUCUGGCGCAAAUGGCUUCAGUUUGACUCGGCAUUCUAUCACAAUCUGUCCGACGCUCAUGUGAAGGUCUCUUACAUUGACGUAUUUAAUGUCAUACCUGAUCUGGUGAGGGAGGAUGAUCCGGAUCUUGUGAUGUGUUUGCUGCUAUUGAUGACCUGCAGCAGACCGUUGGAAUCUAACAAAAUGUCGAGAAUGGUGGAGGUGAUCGCUCACCUGUUCAAUGAGAUUGCAAACCAAAUGAACAAUGCGACCAAGGGUGCUCAUCCACUAACUACCCUUCUACAACACAUCACUAGAUACCUCACGGAUAGCACCACCGCUGGGUCUGCUAGUGUGCGUACAAUAUUGGAGAGAAUUCUAUUGGUUGGCAAGGAUGUGACGGCCCAAGGUCACGGACACGAGAGGUUUCAGACACAGGUCAUCACCAGCUCUCUCUGCAGUCUUUCCUUUUGUCCCGGGGACGCCAGUACGGCCCUUUCAUACGCCAAACAGCUGCAACACAUCAACCUAUGCAGGCCUGUAGGCUACGGUCUCGAUGCCUGGCUCUCGACGUAUGACCAGCAUCGGACAGCGUCGUACCAUGUCGGAAUUGGAAAUCUAGAAGAAGCUAGCACCAUGACCGAGGUCGGACUCCAAAUGUGUACCGAGCUCAAAUACGAUUCGAAAGUCCGCACCGAGCUACGAUCACAAUUUCUGUUCCUCCAAGGCAUUAUAAGACAAGGAAACUUACAAAUGUUGGAAGCGCUCGACUCUCUUAACGAAGCCCUGGGUAUCAGACUGGCGCUUUUUGGAGCCGGUGAUCAUUUGGCUACGGCAAUGGCAUCAUUGAUGAGAAAGAUUGAAUCCCAAUACAGGGUGGAAGCACUUGAAACUUGA